CGGGAGUACCGCGACGUCUUCCCCCCGUAUUUCUCAUAGUGCGGGAUUCCCCCGAUGCGCGGUGUCGAGCAUUUCAUCCAGCCCGUGCCUGAUUAUCGUGUUCACCAUCAGGCACCAUACCGGCUCUCGAUUCCAGAGGCGACGGAAAUCAAGCGUCAGCUUGAGGAGCUCCUUCGACUUGGUUUCAUUAAACCUAGUAACUUCCCUUGGGGUGCACCUGUCCUCUUUGCUCGCAAAGCGGACGGAACUCUCCGCCUCUGCAUCGAUUAUCGUGGCCUUAACCGUUACACGGUUAAGAACAGCUAUCCCAUACCCCGCGCGGAUGAGCUGUUUGACCGUCUGGAAGGCAACCGCUUCUUCACGAAGAUCGAUCUUCGUAGCGGUUACCACCAGAUCCGCCGCCAAAGUAUCCUCACUGCACAGAAGAAUCGUCAGCGCACCAAUAACAAUGUUGCCAACGCCAGUGUGACGAACGAUUUGCACGUAAGUAUUGCUGCGAGCCUCCACGAUGAGGAGGAGGAGGAGGAGGAAGAAGACGAAGUAGAAGAUGAGGACGAGGAGGAGGAAGAGGAGGACAAAAAGGAAAAAGAAGAGGAGGAGGACGAGGAGGAGGAGGAGAAGGACGAGGAGGAGGAGAAGGACGAGGAGGAGGAGUGCUCGCGCUCUCGGGGUUGUCGCCGCCAUCGCUACACCUCGGAUCGCCGCCGCCAUCGCUUCACCUUGCCACCGCGCUUCACCGCGAUUCGUUACAAACCGUAUACGACAAUCAACACCAAGAAAAUGGCGCGCAAGUUUUUCGUCGGCGGCAACUGGAAGUGCAAUGGCACCGAGGAGAGCGUUUCCAAGCUGGUGGACACUUCAAAUGCGGGCGCGAUUGAGUCUACUGACAUUGUGGAGGUGGUGGUUGCUCCUACCUUCAUCCACAUUCCGCUGGUCAAGGAUCGCCUCAGGAGCGAGAUCCAGGUGUCUGCUCAAAACUGCUGGGUGAAAAAAGGCGGCGCGUACACCGCCGAGGUCAGCGCCGAGCAAUUUCUGAUCUCGGCAUUCCCUAUGUGAUCCUUGGGCUCUCCGAAAGGCGGCAUAUAUUAAAGGAGAGCCAUGAUUUCGUUGGGCAGAAAUGCGCUUACGCUCUUAGCAAGGGGUUGAAGGUUCUGAAGUCUGUCUCAGAUCAAUCAUUUUGAUGAAUACAUCAUGGCUGAAUACAUCAUGGGAUAAAUCGUCCACUGUCUC